GCGGUGCCGCGGCGGCGGCCAGCGGGGACACCCGUGCUGGAGCUACCGACUCGGAGGUGCCACCAUGGUGCUGUCCCCCGCCGACAAGUCCAACGUCAAGGGCGUUUUCGCCAAAAUCGGCGGCCAGGCCGAGGAAUAUGGUGCCGACGCCCUGGAGAGGAUGUUCGCCACCUAUCCCCAGACCAAGACCUACUUCCCCCACUUCGACCUAGGAAAGGGCUCUGCUCAGGUCAAGGGUCAUGGCAAGAAGGUGGCGGCUGCACUGGUCGAAGCUGUCAACAACAUCGAUGACCUUGCUGGUGCCCUCUCCAAGCUCAGCGACCUCCACGCCCAGAAACUCCGUGUGGACCCUGUCAACUUCAAACUGCUGGGCCAGUGCUUCCUGGUGGUGGUGGCCACCCGCAACCCCUCUCUCCUGACCCCCGAGGUGCACGCUUCCCUGGACAAGUUCCUGUGCGCCGUGGGCACCGUGCUGACCGCCAAGUACCGUUAAGACGUGUACUGUGCCAGGGCUGGAGCCAACACCCCACCAGCCCUCCCACAGCGAGCAGUCAAAUGUUCUGAAAUAAAAUCUCUUGCAUUUGCGCUGCA